AUGAAGAAUGUUGAAAACAAAGAUGCAUCCAAUUCUGAGACUUUUGCAAAGUCCAAACUCGUUAUGGAACAUGAUGUCAGAGAUGAAUUUGGUUUACCUUCUUUUUCAAAGAAGAGAAAGAAGAGGGAAGAUACUAAUGAUCAAUUGCCCAGCAAAGGUAAAAAGAAGGUGUUUCGACCUAAAUUGGUGUCUCAAAUACCUAAAAGAAGAAAAAAAUCUCAAGUCAAAAGUAAGACUCCAAAACCUUCAACCCCGGAACAAAGAGAAAAUAACAUAAGAAGGGGUGGUUCUUGCGAGAGGCAGUUGUUCAAUGAAGAUUCUUCAAAUGCUAGCAACGAAAUAGGCAUUCAACACAAUUCAGUGCAAAGUUAUCACAAAAUGUCAUCUUUAUCAGGUUUAUGUCUACUAAAAGAGAAACAAAUUGGAUCAGAAUUUCCAUUCUUGUUCAAGAAAAAGAGAGUCCUUAAAAGAAGAUUGCAUUUGCUAAAAUUCUUGACCCCUAUUGAAAAAAGGAGAUCAAAGUGGUUCAGUAGAAAGAGAAGACAAAAGGUAGAUUUCAGUGUAGAUGAUAGCAAUUUCAAGAAUAAGAUGCUGAUAAAUAGAAUCAAGAAAUUUUCUUCUUUGAUGAAAAAAGGUAAAAGUAAAAAGAUCAAUGAGCUUGAUAACUGCAAAGACUCUCGAAAAUUGGUUCUUUACAAAAAGUCAGCUUUAAAUGAUAGUUUACUUGAUGAGGAAACAUCAAGAGUGUGGAAGUUGCUGGAGCAGGAAAAAGGGCAUGAUGAGAAUGAUGAGAUGAAGAGAAAAUAUUGGGAAAACAUCAGAAAAAUAUAUCAAUGCAAGGUUGAAUCAUUCAUAGAUCACAUGCAUUUCAUUCAAGGAGACAGACGUUUUCUACCAUGGAAAGGUUCAGUUUUGGAUUCUGUGAUAGGAGUCUUCUUAACACAAAAUGUGGCUGACUAUUUAUCAAGCUCCGCGUUCAUGUCACUUGCUUCAAAGUUUUCUUUAGAGAAAAAAGAAAGUGAAGAUUAUAUGGAUUCUGUGGAUUGGGAAGCAGUGAGAGUUGCAAAAAAAAGAGAAGUUGCACAAACUAUAGCAGCUCGAGGUCAGCAUAAUAUCAUAGGAGAAAGAAUACAGGAUUUACUUAAGAGUUUGAUGGAAUCCAACGGAAGCCUAGACUUGGAAUGGUUAAGAUAUGCUCCACCAAAAGACGUAAAAGAAUAUCUGUUGGCCAUAGGAGGAUUGGGAUUAAAGAGUGUUGAGUGCGUUAGACUUUUAGCCCUCCAUCACACUGCUUUUCCGGUGGACAUAAAUGUUACAAGAAUUGUUGUCCGUUUAGGAUGGGUUCCCAUCCAACCAUUGCCAGAAUAUAUUCAAAUACAUAAUUUAGAGAUGUUUCCUGAUUCAGAUAAAAUUCAACAAUACCUUUGGCCACGGUUAUGCACACUUGAUCCGCCUCAAUUGUAUGAAUUGCAUUAUCAACUCAUAACUUUUGGAAAGGUCUUCUGCACAAAACAAAAGCCAAAUUGUAAUGCUUGUCCAUUGAAAAGUGAUUGUAAAUAUUUUGCAAGUGCUUUUUCGAGAGAAAAAUUAGCCUUGCCGGAAUCAAAGCUAGAUUACGAAGAUAAAACAGUAUCAAAAUUUGCUUUACCUGAACCAACAUGUCUGAUUUAUGAGCCAAAAAGAUGUGAACCUACCAUUGAGCAUCCACCAUCACCAGAACAUGUAGAUGAUUGUAAAGACAUUGAAGACAUUUCAAAAGAUUAUUAUAAUUCAGAAUCUAAGGAAGAUAUCAGUCUAUCCAAAGCUAUAAUUACAUCUUAUGCAGAUCAUAUUCCUAUGCAAAAAAUGAAGGAUGUUAGUCGUCUAAAAACAGAGCGUUUAGUUUAUGUUCUUCCAGAUAAUCAUCCUUUGUUGUCGGCGAUGCAGUGUGAACAAAGGCAAGCAGAUGAUCCUUGCCCUUAUCUCCUAAUAUUAUGGGAUAGAGGUGAAUUAGAAGAUUCAUGUGAAUCAAAUUUGGACGAGGAAGCAAAUACACUUACUAUUCCUGCAACUCUUUUGAUACCAUGUCGAAGUGCUAUGAGGAGUCGUUUUCCACUUAAUGGGACGUAUUUUCAAGUUAACGAAGUGUUUGUUGAUUAUGCUUCAAUGAUACAUCCUAUCAAUGUACCAAGAAAGUGGUUAUGGAACUUAGAUCAACGAAUAGUUUAUAUUGGGACGACUGUUUCAUCAAUCAUGCGAGGUUUGUCUCUGGGUCAAAUUCAAGAUUGUUUUUGGAAUGGUUUUGUUUGUGUGAGAGCAUUUGAUGUGAAGACCAGAGCACCUAGACCUAUAUCUGAGAUGUUACAUCGCAACACAACCGCUAAACUUAGAAAAGGUAAAGGAACAAAAAAAUAA